AUGGACCAGAACCACGAGGCACCUACCUUAUGGGCUUACCUGUAUGUGAAUUGGCUGGCCCCUGACCGCUGGGUUCUUUGGGCAAGGUCGUCAUUCGAGGACUGCAUGCCCCUCUUGCCGAAAGCUUUUUUGAAGUCGGGAAACUUUCUUGGGAAAUCCCGUGCACGCCUUGACGAAGUAGGGCAUGUGCUGAACACCUCCGUUGUCCCUCAGUACCUGCAGAAGGUCACGAGGGUCGGCCUUCAGCUCGGAGGCAGGCCGCGCGUUUCAGAUCUGGCAUCAUGGAGAAGGGACCUUCAGACGAUGCUUCUGGCUUAUGGCAGAAUGGACAUCCGUCCCUGCAACGAUGUGUGGAAACAAAACCCAGCAAGUGGUACUUCACACGACUCUGUCACCCCCCCCUUCUGGAAGUCUCCAUCCCUCCCACAGCCUUCACAAGAUCUUCCCCCCCCACCCUCCUCAUCCUCAACGACUGCAUACGAAAGUGAAGAUGAGGAAGAGUUGCUGGAGCAAUUAGAGGAUGGAUGGAUGGAUGGUGUGUCUCUGAGUGACACUGAUACCCGACGAGCUGGUGCACAAGCAACUCAGGGAGCAGCAGGAGCAUUGGGCGUUGCGGAAGCCGGGACAUCCGUCCUUGACAGCAUCACCGAGGCUGAGAGGAUGAGACGCGAGGCUGGUGAAGUGGGCAACGAAAUGGUGAGAGAGGUCGAGACGUUGUUGAAACGAAUGCGGAUCCAGGUCGCUCAGAAGGAUUACCGGCAUGUUAAGGAGCUAGGGGAGACUAUAGGCGCCAUGGCAAGGAAAUGGAAUGCGGAUAUGGCAAAGCAGGAGCGGGCAGUGACGUCUAACACGAGAGAUACCAAUACCCAGCGCAAGAAGAGGCGGGGGACGGGACAAUGGAUUUUCAAGUUUUACGACGCCAUGAAAGCUGUAGCAAGUAUGAAGAACGGUGAGCCAGGUAGCUCUGCAGAUGUAAAUUAG